AUGGAGGUGGUCAAGGCUCAGGCAGAAGCACGCGUGCUUCAGGCAGACGCACGUAAUGCUUGGGGAGAAGCACGCGUGCUUCGGGCAGAGGCUCGGGCGACGAAGGCAGAGCUUGAAACCGCGACUGGUCAUCUCAAGGCGAAGAAUCUAGAGAUAUUGCGGUUGGGACACAGCGUCAACCUCCGCCGCGCCAUUGAGGCUUUCCAGGAAGAAGAGGUUUUGCCUCGUCUAGGCCUCAAGCCCACGAGCAGGGUGACAGUAGGAAUGUGGGAGAGAUUCAUGCAGGCGAGGCCGGACAUGCGAAGGCGUGUGGAGCGGCAGACACCGUGGCGAAAGAGCAAGGUUGCGGCAGAGAUGGGUCACAUUUACACGACUCUGUCUGGGCGCAUCCACUCUUCGCAUCAGGUUGGCGACGCUGCCGUGGUGAUUGGGAUGGAUGUACUCACGACGGAAGAGUGUCUCGGUGUGGGAGCCCUCUUGUAUGACUUUGUGCCCAUCGAGUUCCACCCGCCGGAGCUCAUGGAAAAGUUUGAGAAAAAUGAGCGGGAAGGUACUGCUGAGGACGUUGAGGACAAGGCAGGAAAGGGAGAAGGGGAAAGACAGUAG